UCACCCCACCACACACACCCCACACACCUCUCACACUCACCAUGCCGCGCGGAUACGCCAUCGACGACACGUCCAAGUGGACCGACUUCAAGGUCAUCGACUUUGACCUCAAGCCCGAGGAGGACGACGACGUGACGAUUGCCAUCGAGUGCUGCGGUGUCUGCGGCUCUGAUGUGCACACCAUCUCCGGCGGCUGGGGCGAGCUCGCCGUGCCCGCCGUCAUUCCCGGCCACGAGAUCGUCGGCAAGGUUACGGCCGUCGGAAGCGCCGUCAAGGACAUGAAGGUCGGCGACCGCGUCGGCGUGGGCGCUCAGGUCGGCUCGUGCGGCACCUGCUUCCCCUGCAAGGGCGGCGACGAGCAGUACUGCAUCGGCGACGACGCCACGGGCAAGAGCAUGGUCGACACGUACAACUCCAAGUACGUCGACGGCUCCAUCGCCCAGGGCGGCUACUCGACGGCGAUCCGCGCCCACCAGCAGUUCGUCUUCCCCAUCCCCGACGGCAUCUCGAACGAGGAUGCCGCGUCGAUGCUGUGCGGCGGCCUGACGGUUUACUCGCCGCUGCUGCGCAACGGCGCCGGGCCGGGCAAGAAGGUGGCCAUUGUCGGUCUUGGCGGCCUGGGCCACUACGCCGUGCUCUUUGCCGUGGCGAUGGGCUGCGACGUGACGGUGAUCAGCCACUCGCCGCGCAAGAAGGACGACGCCAUGAAGAUGGGCGCAAAGGACUUUAUCGCCACGGGCGACGAGCCCGAGUGGUACAAGCGCUUCGGGCGCAAGGAGCAGCCGUUUGACCUCAUCGUCUCCACCGCCUCGUCCAACGCCGUCGACGUGCCCUCGGUGCUCUCGACGCUGACCGUGCACGGCAAGGCCGUGUUCGUGGGCAUGCCCGAGGACCCGCUGCAGGACCUGCGCGUGCAGCACCUGGCCGGCAACGGCUGUGCGCUGGCCUCGUCGCACAUCGGCAGCAAGGUCGAGGCGCUCAAGAUGCUCAAGCUCGCCGACGAGCAGAAGAUCAAGCCGUGGGUCGAGGUUAUGCCGAUGAGCCAGUGCUCCAUUGCCGUCAAGCGCGUGCACGAGGGCGACGUCAAGUACCGCUUCGUGCUGCAGAACGACUUUGAGAAGAAGGACUAAGCGCUGCCGCCACCGCCUACGUAGUAUGCCCCUCUUAAUGAAUGCUCUGCAAGCAUAGACCGCUGC